AUCCCAACCCUCCACCCCUCCCUCCCCGACUCCAUCAUCACCUCCUGCCCGGAGCCGAGCGCACACGGAGAUUGCCGAGCGGCGGGGCCUACUCCGCGACACCGAGGAGGCGGAGCGUAGCCGAGCCGGAGCGCCAGGCCGCGGGAGCAGUUCCCUCCUCGCACCGCCCAGGGCACGCAGCAAGAUGGCAGCCAACAUGUACCGGGUCGGAGAUUAUGUCUACUUUGAGAAUUCAUCAAGCAAUCCUUUCUUAAUCCGAAGAAUCGAGGAACUUAAUAAGACUGCAAACGGCAACGUUGAAGCAAAAGUGGUUUGUUUCUAUAGAAGACGAGAUAUACCAAGCACCCUUAUUGGAUUAGCAGACAAACAUGCGAGUCAAGAGUUGGAUAAUUGUGAUCCAACACUACCGGCUGAAGUCCCAGAUGUUCCACAAGAAACACUGCCUAAAGCUGAAGAUAUGGAGGAGGAAAUGGAAACAGAAGCAGACACGGACAACCCACAGCAGUUGACGGAAAAGCAGCAACACCAGUUGAAACAUCGAGAGCUGUUCCUAUCACGGCAACUUGAAUCUUUACCAGCAACGCACAUACGAGGUAAAUGCAGUGUGACUCUGCUAAAUGAAACUGAAGCAGUCUUUUCAUAUUUGGAGAAAGAGGAUUCCUUUUUUUAUUGCCUAGUUUAUGAUCCACAACAGAAAACUCUGCUGGCAGAUAAAGGUGAGAUCCGUGUUGGUCCCAGAUACCAAGCGGAUAUCCCUGAUCUGCUCAAAGAAGAUGAAGAUGAUGAAAGAGACCAGUUAAAACUUGAAGUAAAAAUCUGGGACCCAGACAGUCCGCUGACUGACAGGCAGAUAGACCAGUUUUUAGUCCUUGCACGAUCUGUUGGGACAUUUGCUCGGGCCUUAGACUGUAGCAGCUCUAUACGACAACCAAGUUUGCACAUGAGUGCUGCUGCUGCUUCCAGGGAUAUCACAUUGUUUCACUCCAUGGAUACAUUACAUAAAAAUAACUAUGACGUGUCGAAGGCAAUUUCGGCCUUGGUGCCUCAGGGAGGACCUGUGCUGUGCCGGGAUGAAAUGGAAGAAUGGUCGGCCUCUGAAGCAAACCUGUUUGAGGAAGCUCUCGAAAAAUAUGGCAAGGAUUUUAGUGACAUUCGACAAGACUUUCUUCCUUGGAAAUCGCUGACCAGUAUAAUCGAAUACUAUUACAUGUGGAAGACCACGGACAGAUAUGUACAGCAGAAACGUUUGAAAGCAGCUGAAGCAGAGAGCCGAUUAAAACAGGUGUACAUCCCCAACUACAACAAACCAAACCCUAACCAGAUCAAUGUGAAUAACACAGUCAGCAAGCCAGGGAUGGUGAAUGGAGCUGGCUUCCAGGGACAGAAUGGAGGAGCUGGCAGGGCCUGUGAGAGCUGCUAUACAACUCAGUCAUACCAGUGGUACUCCUGGGGCCCUCCUAAUAUGCAGUGCAGACUUUGUGCAGCUUGUUGGAAUUACUGGAAGAAGUACGGUGGCCUGAAGAUGCCAACAAGGCUCGAGGGUGAGAGACCUGGGCCUAACCGUAAUAGCUCAAAUCCACAUGGGUACUGGGUGAAGAAUGCCAACCCCAAGUUUACACUGAAGACUAGGCAGGCUUUCUGUCUUCAGACAACGAGACUAACCAAAAUUGCACGGUAUUACUGUCGGAACCUAUUCCGUCCACGGCAGGCAGCACGGCGUCCCUUUUUACCAAUCAACAGCGCAGCUAUCAAAGCCGAAUGCACUGCUAGACUUCCAGAAAUUGGAGAGAAAUCGGUUAAACUCAAACCCAUCAUCAGGAAGUCCCUGGAAUCUAUAGUAAAAUACUUGGAACUUCACCCACCUGUUAAGGCUGUCCCUAGUCUUGCUGUACAUGGAGGAAGUGUGACCCCUGCAAAGGUGCUCCCUGUCCUGAACCAUGGCUCUCCAACAAUUCUGGGCAAGCGUGGAUAUGAGCAGCACAAUGGCAUUGAUGGCACUAUGAAGAAACGUCUGUUGAUGCCGUUUAGGGGUAAGACAAUUGCGCAGUCGUGCUCACGGCUACACACUCAUCCUAAUCAUGGACAAGUUAGACAAAUGACUGCCAUUAACCGAGGUUACAUGAUAAAUGGAAAGCCAUACUCAAGAAACUCUAAAGUGCUGAAGCCAGGCUCCCUUCCACCAAUGAAGGGGAGGAGAAUGAACUGGAUCGAUGCACCUGAUGAUGUGCUUUUCAUAGCAACAGAUGAGACUCGGAAGGUGCGUAAGAUGCUGGGCCCAGUCGAUAUGAAGAGAGCAGCACGCCAGCCCUACAGGCAGAUUCUCAUCCGGCAAGGACGUGCGUCUUCUGCAUCACAGCAGCCUAGGCAGCCCAUGAAUGAAGAGCCAAUCAUCAUUGAGGAUUAAUGCCAAGUGCAGUUUUAAAUAAAGCAAGAGACUGUAGUCCCUGUUAUACUUGAACCUUCAGUGCGCAUGAAGUAGAGCUCCUGAACUAGACUCCGAAUCAAGUGCUUGUCAGCCUCGCGUUUAAGAUCAAAUUGAAGGAUUAUUAUUUGAGUUAGAUUUCCAGUAUCCCUGCAGAAUGGAUGAUGGCAGCGGAUGAACAGUGACCGGUGGCUACAGUUACAGGCAGCUCCAACAGCCUCUUCCACAUUCACCAUUGUCCUCAAGAAGUGGAGCUGCCAGGUGAUGUUAUUUGCAAACCUGAAUGGCCUGUGGUUCUCUUUGUUCUUCGAACUAGCCUCUGCUCCAGUUUGUGCUGCUGGGGGGCCAGAACAGUGUGGUUGUCUUUGGUUUGGCAAAAGGUCUUUUUUUUAAGAAAAAGAAAAGGAAAGAAAAAAAAUUUUAAGAAUUCCUUUUAUUUUGAGAAUUGUCUGUAAUAGUUUAAGGAGGUGCCGUUUAUCCUCAGUUUAAGAAGCAAGUUUUGUUUUUAUGGACGGGUUGGCGUGCAGUUAAUGCAGUGCAUUGUUUUUGCAUGUUACACUGUAUAUUGUAUCCUUGAUCCCAUUUAAAAUGGUGCCGUUUUCCAAUGGAGCAGAAGAGGAAAAAACUUUCUUAAAGACUUUUUUUCAUGUAUGACCUUGAAUCUUUUCAUCACUUGAGAUUCGUUAUUGCAAGUUUCACAGUGAAUAAUUAUGUACAAAAUAUUUUUCCAUGUUUCUGACUUGGGUUGUGUUUGAAGCACCCUGAUUUUCACAGUGAGAUAUAUUACUACUACAAGGUUCAAUAGUUUAGUGUGCUGAUAUGUACAUACACUGCAAAUGUAGUUGGUAAGUUAGUGUUAUUCAGUCAUUCCAUAGGAUUCAGGGGAGGGGCAGGGGGUGUAAAGUUUUACUGAUUCUAUUUGUUACAGCAUAAGUUAGUACAGCGCCUGCUGGAGGCAACUUGGGACAGUGCCCAUCGCAGAACAUUCAAAUGAAGGUCAUCCUUAGCCAUUCACAAAUAAAGCAUCAAAUGAAAUACUACUACAGUUACUUUCUUUUACUCCAAGCUCUUAUUUUGUGAACUGUUGUUCUAAUAUUUUGAUUUGACAAAUGCAGUACUGUUCCUUUUCAGCACCUCUGAGCUCUUGUGCCAUUGUGCAGAGGUUGUAUAUAGAACGUGCCAGAAUAUACGUUCAGUGAAAUACGCAUUUUCUCACCUAGUUGGAUAGCAAGUGUGGCAUGGUGUGGCAUUAAUUCUCACUUUGACGCAAGUAGUACAGGCAAGAACAUGAUUUUCAACUUGCUGAGAGCUGCACGUUCUUCUACCACUUCACACUUGCACUCUGCUGAUGGUGCUGAGUAUCUGGGGAGUAGCACUCAAGGUGCUGACCCUCACUGAGUACAUUUUCUGAGGAUGCUGACGUUUCUUUUGGCACCAUUCCUAAAGGUGCUGACUCUUGAAGUGCAGGUACCGAUGGUGAAGUUGGUAAUGGGUUCUUUGUAUGCAUCUGGCAAGAACGAGCUUGAAACACAUUAUCACAAACAUUUGGAAGUUUAUUUCAGUUUAAUUGACAGAGGCAGAGCCAGUGCAGAAUUUGCAUUGUGCUCAUUCUCAGCCUUCUGAGUUAGGGUGCAUAUCUCACUCCGUUUUCGAUUGUUUCCAGCUGCAGUAAUCCAAUGGUACCUGCAAUCCAUGGCUCUUCAGACACCAUAUAAUGCUGAUGUCUGACAGUUCCUCAGGAUAUAACAGGCUAUCUAAAUAUCUUAGUUUUUUUUAUGCCUGUGCUUCCAGGACGCAGGCUGGUGUUUAAGAUUAGCGAGGCAUACAAUGUAUUGUUCACUUUCAAAAAUAUCUUGAUCACUAAAUAUAAAAUGUAUGUUAGCCAAGGCAGGAAAGUGGGCUGUUCUGACCUUUGUAGCUCUUUUAAAUAGAAGACUUUAUCAAUAGAGCUAAUAUAUGGAACCUAGCUAUCAAUUGCCAUCUCUAAAAGCCCUCAUACAUGCCUUGAAAAUCAUAUUGCACUGU